AUGCCUCUCAAGCUCAACUCGGCGAACCUCUCUACAAUCUCUUCACAGCAAGAGAACCGUACUGUGGAAAUUCCUACCUACGACAGAACUGCCGUCAAGGAUGGAAUCGUCCAUGUCGGUGUUGGUGGCUUCCACAGAGCUCACCUUGCUGUCUAUAUCAACCAUUUGAUCCAGAAGCACAACCAGAACGAAUGGGGCAUCUGCGGCGUCGGUCUUCGACCCAAUGACUCUGCCAUGCGCGAUGUCUUGGAGUCUCAAGACCACCUGUACACCGUCAUUGAGCGGUCUGCCAAGGGCAGCGACGCCAAGGUCGUCGGCAGCAUCAACAAUUUCGUUUUUGCGCCCGACAACCGUCAGGCCGUUAUCGACAAGAUGGCUCACCCAGACACCCACAUUGUGUCUCUGACCAUCACCGAGAGUGGCUACUACUACAACGAAAACACCCACCAGCUGCAAGCCGACCACCCCGACAUUCAGCACGAUCUGAAGGAGGAGAACGCAAACACCCCCAUCAGCACCUUUGGCUUCCUCUACGCCGCUCUGGCCAAGCGCCACGAGCAGGGUCUGAAGCCCUUCACCGUCCUGUCCUGCGACAACAUGCAGCACAACGGUACAAUCACCCGCAACAUGCUCAAGACGUUUGCUGGUCUGCGCAACCCAGAGCUCGCCAAGUGGAUUGACGAGGAGGGAGCUUUCCCCAACUCCAUGGUUGACCGCAUCACUCCCGUUACCCACCAGACCGACAUCGACUCGCUCGCAGAGACUUUCGGCAUCGAGGACGCCUGGCCCGUUGUCACUGAGCCCUUUAUGCAGUGGGUUGUUGAGGACCACUUCUGCGAUGGCCGCCCUCCCUUUGAGAAGGUCGGUGUCCAGGUCGUCCACGACACGCACGAUGUCGAGCAGUUUGAGAAGCACAAGCUCCGUCUUCUCAAUGCCAGCCACUCCGCCAUGGCUUACCCCGGCCAGCUCGCUGGAUUCCAGUACGUCCACGAGGUCAUGGAGCACCCUCUUUACCGCAAGUUCAUCUGGCAGAUGAUGCAGGAGGAGGUCAAGCCCCUGCUUCCCGAGAUUCCCGGCGUCGACAUUGACCAGUACUGCAACACCCUUAUGGAGCGCUUCUCCAACCCCACUAUUAUGGAUCGAAUUCCCCGUCUUGCCCUUAAUGCCUCGGGCAAGAUUCCUCAGUUCAUUAUGCCUUCCAUCGCCGAGGAGAUCUGGGCCAAGGGUCCCCUCCGCCGCUUGUCCUUUGUCGUCGGCGCCUGGUUCCGCUACAUCCACGGCGUGACCGACAAGGGCGAGAAGUUCGAAGUUGAGGACCCCAUGCUCGAGCAGCUGGAGACCCUUGCCAAGGCCGGUGGUGAUGACCCCCGCGAGCUUCUCAGCAUCAAGAUGCUCUUCGGCGACGACUUGCGAGACGACAAGCGUUUCGUCGACGAGCUCACCACUGCCAUGCAGCUCAUUGCCAAGGAUGGAGUCAUGGCCACUAUGCCCAAGUAUGUCGACUAG